AUGAGAAUAGAUUUUUUGCAAAUUUUCCUCGUGAAGGACGGAUACCAGCUAAGUGUCCAUGUCAAAAAUAAAAUAAACUGGAUGAAUUUUUUCGAGAGCAUUUUCUCUCACGAUCAUGAUGGCAGCUUGGGUCAUGGCGACAGUAGACAGGAUGCCGUAG